CACCAUGCGAUACCAUGCAACAUAGUGAAGAGAAGGCAGGAAGUGAAGAAACUGGGAAAUCAGAGCCUUGAUGGAAUGUUUCAGAAGAAGCAGAAGUCAAAGGAGUAUUCAAGAGAUAAUAUCUUGCAUGCGGUUGCCAAGUUUGUCGUCUGUGAUGAUCAGAGUCUUGCGGUGGCUGACAAACACUCAUUUAGAAAUUGCCUGGUGGCAAUGCGGCCAGGCACUUUGCCAGUGGACAUACCCUCAGCCCAUGAUGUGUCAUCUUAUAUUCACAACUCUUUCAUCAAUUUCAUUGGGGGGCUCAAGGCCAAAAUGCAGGUG